GUAAGGAAUGAGGGCUUGCCGAGUAGCAAGAGCGAUUGCCGAACAGUAAGCACGUAACUCUGAGACGCACAAGUUGUCUCCGUCCGGCUCUCUGUGCCAGUGCCAGAAGUGUGUUUUAUUACUGAGUGCUCCUCCUCGCAAGAACUAGGAUGAACAUUUCCAGUUGCCUUGAUUCUUCCAAGAAGCUGCACUGUGCAAUCGUCCUCUUCUGCACGCUCUCCAUAUUUGCCCUCACCUCGAGAUUGAAUAACCAGAGGGAUUCACAGCCAACGAGCCUCCCGGAAAAAACAGAACGCUUUGUGUCGUGGAGGAACCUCUCGAGAGAGCAGGUUAAUAGCCUCUCUGUCCUGGGCAGGAGAAUGUUCCUGGAGGAGGAUGUGGGGACGCCUCAGGACAGGAACUUCACCAUCCUCGUGUGGCAUUACGUUGACUUUACGGAAAAGAGGUUGGUCUACCGCUUCGGGGACGUCAAAGUUGAUCCGUUCGAUGACUGCUCUGUCCACAACUGCCACAUUACCUACGAGGAGUCAGCGGCUCCCUCAGCAGACGCGGUCUACAUCCACUUCCAUCGCACUCUAGGGCAUCACACCUUCCCGAAGCGCAGCGGCCCAGACCAAAUAUGGAUCUGGGGGACGGACGAGAGUCCGGUGCACAACUUCUGGAAAGCAAAAGACAAAAACCUGAAACACUAUAAUGGCUAUUUCAAUUGGUCCAUGACCUUCCGAAUGGACAGCGAAAUUCCGGUGCCCUACGGAAGAACACUCAAGCUGCCAGACAACCAAACCGCUCUUCAGCUCGAGGACGUCUUCGCCAUGAAGUCCAAGUUGGCGGCGGUGAUGAUGACCAACUGUCGUCAGAGUUCGAAUGAUAGACUUCCUUACAUCAGACACUUACAAAAACAUAUGACAGUCGAUUUUUAUGGACGGUGCGGCAAAUUGCAAUGUCCAGGUCAUAUAAAAAAAGACUGUAAACUCCUUGAAAAAUAUAAAUUUUAUUUGUCUUUCGAAAACAGCAACUGUCAUGAUUACAUUACAGAAAAGGUCUGGUGGAAUGCGCUGGAGAAGAAGGCAGUCCCGGUGGUGAUGGGGGGGCGGGCGGAGGACUACCGUCGGUUGCUGCCUCCCGAUUCCUUCGUCCACGUGGAUGACUUCGAGACGCCCGAAGACCUCGCCAGAUACCUCAAAUUCCUCGACUCAAACCGGGAGUCGUACAUGAAGUACCACCAGUGGAGACACCAGUACAAGGUCGUACAAGAGCACGGUUACUUUGGGGCGCCCAUUUACCACUACUGCCGCAUGUGCGAGGCCCUCAACUAUAACGAUCGUACGCCCAAGACAUACAACGACCUGGAGGCCUUCUGGGGCAAGAAGCAGCAGUGCCAGCCACCCACGUGGCCAGAGCGCCUCGAGAGGACAGCCCGAGACAGGAAAACUUGAAGGCACGAAAAGCCAAAGUUAUUAUCAUUGCUAUUGGUCUGUCCCUGGUCACGUGACACUUCAGUUCGAAUAGAGAAGAAAACUGAAGAAAAUUAAUACUUAUAGUGUUCCUUUUUAUACAAGAUUUUUUUCCCUUAAAGCAAGCUGUUUGGUUCUCAUAUGUGAUUAUAUUUAUAAAAAAAAAAAAAACUGUUUUUCCUUAUCGCGUUAUCAAAAAAAAAUAAAAAGUAAACAAUAACAUUUCUCGAAAUAAAGAGAUAAUAGAUAAAAUGCAGAAAACUCGGGUUCCUGCCUUAUCAUAUCAGGAAAUGGAAUAAGGCGGCAAAUCCAUUCCAAUCAGUGAUGUAAUUAAGGAAUUACGCAGAAGCUCAUAUCUAUCAUAGUUGUCACAGGCAACUAUGAAAAGACGCCAUGGUAUUAAUGACGCAAUUUGGACGAACAGGGGUAAUUUCUGGUAAAUGCUUAGGAGCAGCCCCCGACACCGACCCCUGUGGGCACUCAAAGUACAAAGUUUCAGUCGCUAAUUUUCAUGAAGUGUGCCCAUUGGCUACAGUUUUGCUAUAUGAAUAAUUAGGAGUAAUUUUGCAGAUCAUAAUGAUAAUUUUCGGAGACCUCACUAUUCUUUACUUUAAUAUCUAAGAUUAAGUAGAAACAUUGUACUUGGCCAGUUUUGGAUUAGAGAUCUGUUAAGAAAAUGCAACUGGUCAUUCAUAAUAAACCAUGAUCGUUACAUAAAA